AUGACUGUAGCUCGCCAUUGGCAUGACCUGACAGAUGACAACAUGUGUGGAGAUGUCAUGGCUAGAGCGAUGGCAGUCCCUGAGAGGAGUGUGCCUGCCAGGAAGACAGUCCUCCCCAGCAGCUCCUUGCUGGCAUCUCAGGUCUACAAAGCCACAGUGAACGGAGACAAGACUGUCCUGAACAAGCUCAUUGUAGGGACCCUGGCACUGCAGGAUGCAGAGGACCAGUUUGCCAGCAGCCCCAUGUACUAUGUGCUGGCUGACUGGCUGUACUGCGCUGAGUCACUGCUCAAGGCCCGAGCCAAUGUCAACAAGGUCGACCACAGCCAGAGGACUGCCCUGCACCUUGUUGCACAGAAAGUGAGCCAGACCAUAAAUUGCUGA